UGGACACUGGCCUCCCUCGGUGCCUGGGGUUUCUCUCUCACGACCUAAGAGAAAGGAGCAGAGGCCAGGACUCACAGAGCCAGAGCCAGAGGCUGAGCAAUCCCAGGAGAGAGGCUGGGUGGCCUGGAUGAGGCGCAGAGAUGGGGAGAAAGCUGGACCUCUCCAAGCUCACAGACGAGGAGGCCGAACAUGUUUGGGCAGUGAUUCAGCGGGACUUCGACCUCAGGAGGCGAGAAGAAGAAAGACUCCAGGGGCUGAAGGGCAAGAUCCAAAAGGAGAGCUCCAAGAGGGAGUUGCUGUCGGACACAGCCCAUCUGAAUGAGACCCACUGUGCCCGCUGCCUGCAGCCUUACCGGCUACUCGUGAACAGCAGACGGCAGUGUCUAGAAUGCGGCCUCUUCGUCUGCAAAAGCUGCAGCCACGUCCACCCAGAAGAGCAGGGCUGGCUCUGCGACCCCUGCCACUUGGCCAGAGUCUUGAAGAUUGGCUCCCUGGAGUGGUACUACCAGCAUGUGAGAGCUCGCUUCAAGCGUUUUGGGAGUGCCAAGGUGAUCCGGUCUCUCUGUGGGCGGCUGCAGGGUGGAGGUGGAUCUGAGCCAAGCUUGGAAGAAGAAAAUGGAGACAGUGAGCAGACAGAUGAGGAUGGAGAGCUGGACACAAAGACCAAAGACCAGUCCCUCAACAGCAAAAAGAAAAAGCGCCUGCUCUCCUUCCGGGAUGUGGACUUUGAAGAAGACUCAGACCACUCGAUACAGCCUUGCAGCCACACCCUGGGCCUGUCCUCAGUCCCUGAGUCUGCCCAGAGCCUGCAGUCCCUCUCAGGUGAGCCCUACUCUGAGGAUACCACCUCUCUGGAGCCUGAGGGCAUGGAGGAGACUGGUGCAGGGGCUUCGGGGUGUUACCCCAGUCCUGAGGAGCAGCCAUACAGCCCUUUACCCUCUGGAGAGGAUGCUCACUCUGAACUGCACUUGCCUGCAGCAUCCUGCAAGAGUGCCUUUGGGACCACAGCUAUGCCUGGGAUAGACGAUAACAAGGGCAAACUGCCCUCACAGUACCUGGCUGAUGUGGACACCUCUGAUGAAGACAGCAUCCCGGGCCCCAGGGCAGCCUCCCAGCACACCAAGCGGAGGGCACGGACUGUGCCUGAGACUCAGAUCUCGGAGUUGAACAAGCGAAUGUCAGCUGUGGAGCACCUGCUGGUCCACCUGGAGAAUGUGGUUCUGCCACCCUCAGACCAGGAACCAGCUGUGGAGACACACCCCAGUGCUGACACAGAGGAGGAGACACUGAGGAGGAGGCUGGAGGAACUGACCAGCAAGGUCAGUGGUUCUGAGACCUCAUCAGAAGAUGAGACCAAGCCAGAUGCCCCCUUCCGUGGAGUGUCCCCAAAGGUGUGCACAGACACAGGGCACAUGGAGGCACAGGAAAGGAGCCCUCGGAGCCCCGGGAACCCUGCUCAGCCUACAAAAAGCACAGAUGAGGAGCUCUCUGAGAUGGAGGAUAGAGUGGCCAUGACAGCCUCGGAAGUUCAGCAAGCUGAAAGUGAGGUCUCAGACAUCGAGUCCAGAAUUGCAGCCCUGAGGGCAGCAGGACUCACAGUGAAGCCCUCGGGAAAGCCUCGGAGAAGGUCAGGCAUCCCGAUCUUUCUUCCCCGGGUUACUGAGAAACUUGACAUGAUCCCAAAGACUCCACCUGCAGACCCUGAGAACCAAGCCAAGGUGCCCAAGGCGACGGCUGUGCCCUGUCUCAUGAAGAGGAAGUAUUCUCCCAGUAGCCAAGGCAUCGACGGUGGUUCUUUUGAUCGGAAAUCAGUGUACCGUGGCUCGCUGACACAGAGGAACCCUAAUGGGAGGAAAGGGACAGCCAGACACAUCUUCGCGAAGCCCGUGAUGGCCCAGCAGCCCUGAAGGAGAGGCUCAUGGCACAGGACAGUACCACAAGCGCUCCACAGUUUCCUCCACAUGACCGUCAUAGCCCCCUGGGCUCUGAGCUUCUUGAUGCUCACACCUGCUUGUAGUCAUCAUCCCAGCGAGAAGUAAGAACUCAGACUGUGGAUCUCAAGCCUCCAGCUGUCACCAGGUCACCAGCCCAAGCCAGUGCACCUGCCAGCCUCUGACCCGGGAAAUACAAACUAUGUGACUUCCCCUCAGUUGAUGUUCUCUGCCUGCUGAGGGACUCUCAGACUCCCUCUCACUGUGACUCUUUAACCCCAUCAUCAGCCUUGCCUAGCCAGGCUCACAGCUGGGAUGGGAAGAGCUGGUUCAUGGGAGGCCCUGAAGGUGCACACACUCCCAAAUGGGCGGGGGAGCGGGGAGGCAGAAUCGAGAGUGUCUGUGGGCAUGAUGGGAGAGUGUGCAGUUCAGGUGGUGAAUGAGGAGGGGUGGAGGAGGAAUCCACCCCACAGAUCUUGUUCUUCAAAUGUCCUCGUGUGUUACAGAUGGGAGCAGAUAACACUGUCCCCCACCCCAGCAUUCCCAUCACAAUAACCACCACAUUGAGACCAAGCCUCCAAUACAGGCUUUUGGUGUACACUACAUAGGGAGCUUGCCUUCUAGAUAGCUCAUGCUUCAAAUGCAGGUUUCUAACACACACAGGUGACUGCUCUAGGAUUUAUCAAGAACUCAGAUCUUCCAGAGUCAAGUGUGUCAGAGCCGGUUUUGCUGGUGUCUGCACGGUCUGCCUUUAUAGCCACCCCACCGCUACAGGGGGGCUGUUUCCCACACCCAGGGCUGCCUCUUUCCUGUCAGCUUGUAUCCUGCUCUGGGAGUCUAGAGAACACACGGGUCAGAGCCACAUACAUCCUAGUGUCUUCUGAGAAUAAACUCCAGGAAGAAGACUCUCAUUCAUUCA